GUCAUCAGGCUGCUUAUGUAAGACACAUAGGAGGGAAUGGCUGCUGUGCCCGGACAUCUGCGUGCUCUACCUCCUGUCUUCUCUUAAUGUCUUAUUGUGUAUUUGUUGCGUUGGACAUUUUCCUUUAUUAGCCUACCACUAGCGACACGUACAAAGUGAGGCACUGAUGGUUGGACAUGGGGAGGCCAAUGCCCCUCUGCACAGCAGGGCUAUGUCCUCGGCAGCCACCACGUCUCCAUCUGUGGACAAAGUGGACGGAUUUUCCCGGAAGUCUGUCAGGAAGGCCAAGCAGAAGCGGUCGCAGAGUUCGUCCCAGUUCCGCUCUCAGGGCAAACCCAUAGAGCUCACGCCCUUGCCGCUGCUCAAGGACGUGCCGGCCCCGGAGCAGCCCGAGCUGUUCCUCAAGAAGCUGCAGCAGUGCUGUACUGUCUUUGACUUCAUGGACACUCUGUCGGACCUCAAGAUGAAGGAGUACAAGCGCUCCACACUCAACGAGCUGGUGGACUACGUGACCGUCAGCAGGAGCUACCUGACAGAGCAGGCCUACCCUGAAGUUGUGAAAAUGGUGUCUCACAACAUAUUCCGGACCCUUCCACCCAGCGACAGUAAUGAGUUUGACCCUGAAGAGGAUGAGCCCACACUCGAGGCCUCCUGGCCUCACUUACAGUUGGUAUAUGAGUUCUUCAUCCGCUUCCUGGAGAGUCAGGAAUUCCAGCCCAGCAUUGCCAAAAAGUACAUAGACCAGAAGUUUGUCCUACAGCUCCUGGAGCUGUUUGACAGCGAAGAUCCUCGGGAGAGAGACUACCUGAAGACAGUCUUGCAUAGAAUCUAUGGCAAAUUCCUGGGGCUGAGGGCUUUUAUACGAAAACAGAUCAAUAAUAUUUUUCUACGUUUUGUUUAUGAGACGGAGCACUUCAACGGGGUGGCUGAGUUGCUGGAGAUCUUGGGCAGUAUAAUCAAUGGCUUCGCUCUGCCGCUGAAAGCAGAGCAUAAACAGUUUCUGGUCAAAGUGUUGAUCCCGCUCCACACGGUCCGCAGCCUGUCACUCUUUCACGCACAGUUGGCGUAUUGCAUUGUACAGUUCCUAGAGAAAGAUCCAACAUUAACAGAACCAGUCAUCAGAGGCUUACUGAAGUUCUGGCCUAAAACUUGCAGUCAAAAAGAGGUGAUGUUUCUAGGUGAGCUGGAGGAGAUCCUGGAUGUCAUAGAACCGACACAGUUUGUCAAGAUCCAAGAGCCGCUCUUCAAACAGAUCUCCAGAUGUGUCUCCAGCCCACACUUCCAAGUGGCCGAGCGAGCGCUGUACUACUGGAACAACGAGUAUAUCAUGAGUCUGAUUGAGGAAAACUCCAGUGUCAUCUUGCCCAUCAUGUUCGCCAGCCUAUACCGGAUCUCCAAAGAACACUGGAACCCGGCCAUCGUGGCGCUGGUCUACAACGUACUGAAGGCCUUCAUGGAGAUGAACAAUCCAUUAUUCGAUGAACUCACAGCCACUUACAAGUCAGAUCGCCAGCGCGAGAAGAAGAAGGAGAAGGAGCGCGAGGAGCUGUGGAAGAAGCUGGAGGACUUGGAGCUGAAGCGAGGCCUUAGGAGCGACGGGAUCAUCCCAACUUAACGAAGACCGCGCUGAACAACCUCCGAUGCCCCCCCCUUUCCCCCACCCACACACCCACGACCCUCCUCUCUGACCCCCAGCCCCUCCCCCCUUUCACAUCAGCCAUGUCUGCCCAGAGCUCCAAGAAGAGAUUCCCUGCUAAAGUCCAUCAUGUGUGGAUCCAUACGGAGCACCCGCUGGUCUCUUAAUUGUUUUUUUUUUCUUAUGUUUUUAUUUCUCCUGUGUUUGUGCGACUUACUUUACAGUAGAUUCAUCACGUCUGUUUUCACACUUUCAACACUGUAAAUAAUUAUUUUUUUCUUUGUUCCCUUAAACUGCUAUUAUUGCAAACGGACGGAAAAAAAAAACUAAACAAUAAAAAAAGGAGGAAAAAAAUAGAAAAUGAGAAAAUGACUUGUGUGGGCGGGGCUUUCAACAAACAAACAAACAUUUGGACGUGGAGCAGAGCGUUAAAAGCGAGAAGAUAGUUUGAUUUUCACCGCACUCGUCUUCAUCGCUGCAGUUCUGUCUGAUUCUUUUCUUCCUGCUGUUGGACGUCUUCUGUUGACUCCUCCCCCUCCACCACAAACAGGAAGCAAAUGCAACAAAAACACUGCAGCUCGUCUUCGAGUGCGUCUACAUGCGUGUUCGUACACGCCCAGCCAGACAGCAGUUACGUAGCCUCCUAGUGGUGGGAAGUAGCUGUGCACCAGCAAAACUUAGGAUGCUAGCUAGCUAGCUAGCUAGGUAUAUCUUUGGACUGAACUCCAAAGACAAGCUGUUGUGUUAGCAGACAACCUAAGUGCUGUGAACACGAGUGGCCGACAAACUCCUUAAGGCGACGUCGCUCAUAUUGUAGUUCUCACAUUCAGUGUGCGUACAAGCAGUCAUCUGUUCCUGAAGGCCCUGUCAUACCUUGAUGAUUUUGCCCGCGUACGCCAACGUAUGAAAAAUUUGGCCAAUACGCUGGCGUACGUCGAAUAAGUUAUGGGUAAGUUUUUUAUAAGUUAAGAGCACGCUGAAGCACGCCGGCAUACGUCGUCGUACGUCCAAGUCGUCAACAUAUGAUUCAUACGUCCCGCAUACGCGGGCAAUAAGUUAUGCAAUCGUUGACGCCCGUUCACACACGUUAUUUGUAAGUUACGCACAAGUCGUAACACGUCAACAUACCUUGAGACAGAACUGUGUCUUCUUGGCAAGCGUUGGCUGAGAGGAGAUGGAGGCCACUGGGGAAGCAGCUUCCGAUACCAUUGAUGAUGCCUGAGAGGUGUUACAACCUGCGUCAUCUCCAUCAGAGUGGGAGGGGGAGGCUUUGGGUGGUGAUGGAUCCCUCCGUCACUGCCCUGAUACUUCUUGGCAGCGGUCUUCGAAAUUUUCUUCGGCAUGAUGGUGAUGUUGACACUGCGAUGUCUAGUGAUGUUAUGAUUUGAGUCAUCAGGUGGCAGCCUUUUUAUAGGCUAUGGCACGUGAUCGUCGGCCAUACGCUGCCGUGCGGUUUGCAUAAGUUAGACUGGCGUUGGGCGUAAGUUGUGAACGCCGGCAACACGCUACGCAUUCGUUGGUAUAAGUUGUCUAUAAGUUAUAGAAACGUUCUAUAUAAGUUACUAAUACGUCAUGUAUACGUCAAACUCGUUAUGAAUACGCUAUGUGUACGCCCAAAAUUGAAAAAACGUCCACAGUUCAACGUAUGCCAUCAAAAUGAUCACGUCGGGCAUGUGCUGGCUAAAUCGUCAAGUUGUGACAGGGCCUUAAGCGACAAGACGAAGAACUUCAUUUGCACAAUUCUCAUCCGCGUGGUCCUCUGGACGUACGGUGUGUACCGGUAUGUAUGUGCAGGGAACAGGGCGAGCAGCUAGCGUUAGCAUCCGUUCCAAGGUGGCAGUCUUGAUUAUGAACGCAGCUUUUCUGUAUUGACACAAACGUCAACAAUCUGUGGAGGAACGAUGGUGACAAACCUUUAUUUGACCUUUUUGUUGCGAGCACUCAUGUAGACGCAGUCUUUGCCCUCCUCUAAGAGUGAAGGAGCGCUUCCCACCUCCGGACCCCCUCCCUCCCAGCCAUGUGGUAUCAGUCUGGCACUGAUGCCCCCCGCCCCUAUAACAGGCCAAUGAGACCACUCUGGAAUCAGACAAAAAGUGUGGAGAGGAGCGCCAAAGAUCUUCCCGGUGAUCUUCUGCCUCGCCACCUCCUGGCCACCGGGGGGUGCUGUGUCGCCUUCACAGUAUUAAGAGUGAGAAGAAAAGCAAGACGACCAGCCUGUACAUUGUUAAUGAAUGCAGUACACUGAUAAUCUUGUAUCUUGUAGUCAUUUAGCUUCUGUUUUUGUUUAGGAACGCGUGGAGAGAGACAUAAAGAGGUAUUAUGGAACAACGUCCUGCUAUUUAUGAUCGUCUUUCCCACUUUGUCUCUUUUUCUUCUCCCUCUCCACCCUUUUUAUCUCAUUUUGGGUAUUUGGAUGAACUUUCUUUUCACCAUUGGAUAUGGUUUUUUUUUUUAGUUGGGGAGGGAGGGAAGGGCGCUGGGUUUAGGUGGGUGAAGUCAGGUAGGUGGGGGCGGGGGAGGUCAAAGGAUGUAGGGGUCCACUCUGAUGGCGAGUUGACCACGACGCUCCCCUCCACCCUCCCUCGCAGAAGUCGUGUGUGCUUUAGAAUGGGCCAGCUAUAACUCGAUUUAAAAAGUGAGGAGAAAAAAGGGUUGGAGAAAUACAAAUGUUUAAUUAUUUUAAAAAAAAAUAAAGAGAUAUUAAAUUAAACCUGUUUUGUGAUAAAGCCCA